UUAGUGAACACUUCUUGGUAUUUGUGGGUCGUUUUGCGUGUCAUUGUGUUUCGUGUGAAAGAUCACGCGGACAGAUGCUGUGCCAGUAAUUUCCUCAGCGGCCCGGUGCGCUCAUUGGUGCGUCUCUCUGAACGUGUCACCAGUUUUUGUGGAUUACUGCAUAUAUCUCCACCAUGAGCAGGGUGAAACACCACUCCUUUCGUUCAGCUCUUGCCUUCACUGAGUCCAGCUGCCAACCAGGACUUGUGACAACACUUGGAAAAUUUUGAGACUUGCAGACAUUUUUAAUUACAUUUUACGCAUAUCGUGUUAAAAUGCAUUUAUUUCCAACGUUUUUGGUGCUGGCGUCUCUGCUGGUGAAGCGUCUCUGCGCCAGUGGCUUACCGGCGGAGGAGAAGGACGCUGAAGUAGAAGAAGAAAGGCUAAUGAUUGAAAUGGCAAAACAGCAACUUCUGGACAAGCUGCACCUGAAAGAGAGACCAAACAUCACUCAGACGGUGCCCCGGGUGGCGCUUCUCAGCGCGCUGCGCAAACUGCACGCAGGGCGCGUCAGGCAGGACGGCACGUUUGAACUAGACAACUACAUACCAGCCAAAGAUAAAGGCUAUGAAAUAAUGAGCUUUGCAGAUAUAAGGGACACACACAGUGAUGAUGGGUCCAGCCUCAGCCUUACCUUCCAGUUUCUGCAGGAACGGGGCCAGAGCAUCCAGGUCAUCCAGUCAUCACUCUGGAUCUAUGUCCAUGCUUCUAAGGACACUCAGCAGCACUCCCGCCUUCCUGCCAAGGUCUUCCUUUCAGCAGAUGGCAGCAGGCCCAGUUCUAACCGCACCCUGGUGAUUGAAAAGAUGCUGGAGGUCAAGGAGAGCAACUGGCACACCAUCCCCAUAACUCGCACCCUGCAGGCCUUCCUAGACAGUGGACAACACAGGUUGCAGCUUGAGGUCAGUUGCAGUGAGGACGGAAAGAACCUUUGUUCUUUGCACGGCCCCGAUGACACCCCAUACAGGCCCUUCAUGGCAGCCCAGGUGCGUCUCCGUGACAGCCAUUCCAAACACUUACUCAGAAAGCGCUCUCUGCGCUGUGGCAAUGACGUAACCGUGUGCUGCAAGAGAGACUUCUUCAUCAAGUUCAAGGAUAUCCAGUGGAAUGACUGGAUCAUUGCUCCUGACGGCUACCACAUGAACUAUUGCAUGGGCCAGUGUCCCCAGCACCUGUCCGGUUCUCCAGGCAUAGCCUCCUCCUUCCAUGCCACCAUCUUUAGCCUGCUGAAGGCCAACGGCAUUAUCACAGCCGCCUCUUCAUGUUGUGUUCCCACGGAGCGCCGACCCCUUUCCAUGGUGUACUUCAACUCUCAGCAAAACGUCGUCCGCAUGGACGUCCCCGACAUGAUAGUGGAGUCCUGUGGGUGCACAUAAAGAAACAUUAACAGAACCAUGUAAGGAACACAAACUCCUGUAUACAGGUGACAUAAAUUCCUGGAUGUUUCUGGCACAAUCAAUUCAUUUGUCUUACACAGCGUGUUUAAUGAAUUUUGAAACAAUGUGAUGAAUUUGCUGAGAAAAGUAGAAAUUUCCUAAAUGAAAAUUAAUUUCAUUGUAGCACUGGGCAAUAGAAUGCCACAGCAAAUUUCAAAUAAUUUUGUUUUUCUGCAGGGAAAUUUUUUUUUGAUGAUGUUUUUUGUUGUUGUUGUUGUUGUUGCUUUGUUGAAAUUGACAUUUUAUUAGUGUCACCAGCACUCAGGUGCAUUUUACAAAGAAGUGCAGUAAAAAUGCAAGAUUUAAUAAGCAUUACCUUAUUAAAGGGUUUAUACUAUUUGCCUUUGCAGCAAACUAAUAUCAGUCACCAAAUGUCUUAAUCUUUAUGAUGUCUGGGAUUUUUACAGUAAUUUCUUCCAAAAUGACAUAACAAAAAUUAAGACUUAAUGCUGUUGAAAGUGAGAUUAGGGAGUCAUUUACCUUUACCAAAUGUUUGAAAACUAUUUUAAGAGUGCAGGAAAAUGAGCUGGUUUCAUCUUUAAACAUUCUCUGGUUCAACUAAGAUGAUUAAAAACUUUAUAAUGUUUAGGCAAUGAAAGCAUAUUAUUUUAAGUUUCACAUAUUUCAAAAUGGUUAUUUGAUGAAAAUAAUCCACCUUUUUGCAUUCACUUUUGUGAUGUUUCUAAAUGUUCCUGUUUGAAGAAGGAUUUGGAAUUAUUGAAUACAUUUUUAAAAAGCUGUGGCAUUAGGCGCCAUUUUUGUCUCUAUUUUGGCUGUACAAUGGACAUGGUGUCCAUUUGAUUCUAAAAUGGAUUUUUGUAUAAAACACUAUAAACAGUCAAACAAAUGAAACUAUUUUCCAUAUACUGAGAAAAAUAUAAAAAGCUGUUUCCUCCUUUGCUGUGUUCUGGACAGCUGUGAGUUAUAUCAUUGUGAACAUUAUUGGAGGCUUUCCUUGCCAUAGCUCAAGAAAAGCUAACAAGGCCGCCGACACCUCAAUCAAAUCAUUCAAUCAUUUUUUGAGGUGAAUUACAGAUAAGAACUUUCAAAUUGAAACCCCUCCCAAACAUCAUGUCAUUUAGAAAUAACGACGCUACGUUUUACCUUGGAGGCUACUUUGUGCUGGCCAGGUUCACCUGUGACCACAUGGUCAAAAAAAUAUCAUGCUGGGCUAAUUCAGCAUAUAUCCAUAUAUUACAUUUUGUUGAGAAAUCACAAUCACAGUACUUUGUGAAUGCAGCUUCUAGGGCACGUGGCUCCCUUCUGUGCCGUUACGGCUUUAUGGGGUUAAAUGGCAAGGCGCUGGUAUUCACUACGCAUUAAUCGUCUUGCAGUAACCAACUUUGUGGGUGUGUUCCACUGACCACAGACCAGCUCAGUGGGCGUGUAUCCAGUCCAGACAGGAACUUCUGUUAAGUACCUCACAGAAGCUGAGCUGUUUCAGGUGAAAGUUUUAUUAGUUAUGCAGUUAUAUAAUUAAGGUACUUUCAGGAGGUUUAACAUUAAACUCCAAUGAUGUGUAACUGUAAAAGGUGGAAAAAACUUGAUUUUUAGUUUCUACAAUAUGACCCCUUUAAACACUGGCAAAUAGGAUAGGAAAAAUUGACAACACAAAAGCACUGUAAUAUGAAUGUUUAAUAUAUCCAUUACAUUUCAAAAACUUGAAUUCAAUUCCAGCAUCACGUAAUUGUGAAGUCAGUGUAAUUUUAUAAUCUAGACAGCAGACAUUUAACAGAGAAAAGGCAGCACUAAUAUACAUUUGCAGCAUAAAUAACAGUUUUUGCAGCAGUUUUAAUUUUAGUCUUUAUAGAACAUAUAUAAAUAUUUAAUACAUCGAUUUGCAGAAUUGUUAUAUUUCUUUGGAUAUUGAACUGACCAAAAAAGCUAAAAUUGUAAAGUCAGGCUUUUAGAUUCUGGCUUAAACUGUGCCUUCCUUUUUUAGAGCGAGAUACUAAUGUCCAGCUUGAUCAACAAGUAUUAAUUUGUUUUAUUCGAAAGUGGGGAAAAAAACCCACCAAAGAUGAAUCAAUCCUGCACUUCCUAUACUUUUAUACUUAAUCAUAUCAGUUUUCUGUUGGCUUUCAUUUGUGACAUCAUCUUAAUGUAGCUCUUUGAAAAUAAUAUUUUAUUGAAUUCUGGAUUUAAAUUUUUGUCGUGUUUAAUCAAAUAUUAUCAUUGUGUUGUUGAAACUGUGACAAGAACCAGCUGUCAUUUGAAGAAGUACAGUCUGCUCCAAUGUCAUGCGCGGGUUAAACCAUGUUUGAUCAACAUAUCCGCUGUAUAACUGACAUCACUCAUCUGUUGAGUAACAUGUGGCAUGUGAACUGCAAGGUCACUUCUUUUUUUUCUUUUUUGGAGCCACAAGCAAACAUUUAGCUAUUGCAUCAGUAAGGCAGGUCAUUUGGCAUGUGCUGUUGCACGUCGACUUUUCCAGCUCGCAGUAUCGAAAGUUAAGCCCUGUUCCCACCAAAUAAUGAACAGUGAGUAAUGAGCCACACCGCAUGUUUUUUUUUGUUGGUUUUUUUAUACAA